AUGACUACAUCCAAAACCAUACAGAUCGUUCUAUUCCUAUUAACUCUAGUUACGUCUUGCAACGCGUCCGCAAACGCCGCAACGCAACCGCUCGCUCCGGCGAUACUAAUCUUCGGAGACUCAACGGUCGACACAGGAAACAACAAUUACCACCCCAAGGCCAACUUCAAGGCUGAUCAUAUCCCUUACGGAGUCGAUAUCUCAGGGAAAGCCGCGAGUGGGAGAUUCUCAAAUGGAAAGCUCUAUAGCGACAUUAUCGCAUCCAAGCUUCACAUCAAAGAGUUAGUUCCUCCUUUUCUACAACCGAACCUCUCUGACGCAGAAAUUAUCGCCGGGGUUUGCUUUGCAUCCGCUGGUUCAGGCUAUGACGACCGAACUAUACUCACUACCCAUGCCAUCCCCCUCUCAUAUCAACCUAUCAUGUUCAAGAAUUACAUUACUCGUCUCAAUGGUGUCGUAGGGGAGAAAAAAGCGAUGGAGAUCAUAAAUGGUGCGGUCGUGAUUGUCAGUGCGGGUUCUAACGAUUUCAUCUUGAACUAUUACGAUGUCCCAACAAGGCGUCUUGAGUAUCCUAGGAUCUCUGAUUACCAGAAUUACGUGCUCAAGAGAACUUCAUUAAGAACAUGCAUAGAAAGAGAGAACAAAGACGCACUCUUGUACAUUCAAAAGCUUCAAAAGCUAUUGCCUGCUAUUGAAGCGUCUCUCCCAAGAAGUAAGAUCGUAUACUCAAAUGUCUACGAUCCCAUGAUGGACAUGAUCAAGAACCCUACUAAAUACGGUUUUAAAGAGACGAAGAGAGGGUGUUGCGGAACGGGUUUACUUGAGACGAGUGACUUGUGCAAUUCACGUUCUAAGUUAUGUUCCAAUCACUCGGAGUAUAUGUUCUUUGACUCUAUUCACCCUUCACUCGCCACCUACAGUUACCUCGCUGAUUCAACCUACUCUACAAUAGCCAAGCUUCUUGAGGCCUAA